AUGUCUACUGCUUCAAACGCUGCACUUCCGUUGCAGGGCAAGGUUGCCAUUGUCACUGGCGCCUCUCGAGGUAUCGGAGCUGGCUUGACGAUAGAGUUGGCGCGGAGAGGUGCAAACGUCACGCUUGUCUAUGUUUCGCCUAAGAGUGAAGAGAAAGCGAAGAAGAUCGCCUCAGAUGUCUUUUCCCUGAACAAUGGUAGCAAAGCACACAUUGUCCAAGCCGACCUCAAGGAAGUCGAAGCGCCGGAGAAGAUUGUUGCAUCGACGAGGGAAGCGUUUGGAGAUAAGAUUGACAUACUGGUAAACAACGCAGGCGUACUCUGGGCUAACCCUAUCGAGGAGACAACCGCAGAGGACUACGCCGGCAUUUUCGACGUCAACGUUCGUGCUCCCUUACUUUUGAUCAAAGCCGUGGUCCCUCAUCUCCGGAAGCGCGGCAGGAUUAUCAAUAUGUCAUCGGUCGGAGCGCACAUUGGCCCACCAAAAAUGUCGCUUUACGCCGCAUCCAAAGCAGCCGUUGAGGGGAUGACAAAAAGCUUGGCCCACGAGCUCGGAGACGCAGGGCACACUGUCAACGCUGUUGCCCCUGGACCUGUCGAGUCAGAUAUGCUUGACGACGUGCCUAAGGACAUUGUAGACAUGCAACUGAAGCUUACGGCUGUAGAGCAUCGCGUCGGCACUACAGAUGACAUUGCGCACAUUGUGUGCUGGCUAGCGAGUGAGGACUCGAAAUGGGUCUCGGGACAGACGAUUUCCGCUUCAGGCGGGUCCAUGAUGUUGUAG